AUGAAGACCGUGGGUGCCGUGCCAAGGCUUCGAUGCACAUCAGGUUUGGUAGCCCACAUAGUGGUGCCUGUUUCUAUGGAUGGGAAGGUGAUAGAUGUGGUGUCUUUGAAUCGGCCUGAAGAGCCGCUGUAUUCUUCUGCCGCGGACUUGGCUGCAGUGUGGUGGACUCCCGUUCAAGAAGCUUUAUUCAGCGGGUUGGAGCUAUUGGAUGGUAUGCCAGCUGCUGCAAUAAACGGUACUUCGUUCUCCAGUUACCAGCUGAGCGGUUGCCUGACGAAAUCAGACAAUUGCGGGGCCGAAGAGGAGCUGACGGCCCUGCUGCACCAGAACGUCCGGUUUCAACAGAGCCUUCUGUCCACUGUGGCUGAGGUGAUCUUUUCUCUCGUACCCGGAGCCAAAUACUUGAAGGACGGGAACGCCGAACGCCUCCUGGAAUGGGGACAGGACCACGUGGCCGUGCUCCAAGUAGAAGCAGCGCAAUCCGCCUUCUAUGCCCGUUCCUCAGAUGGCGGGGCCACGUACUUGGAUGGCACAUACUGGGAGGGCAUGGACGUCCCAGUGGGGGGGCGGACACUAACCAUCCCGUUCUGUGGAAGAGUGCAAGAUGGGACACAAGAGGAAGAAGAUCAGCUAAUCCUCCAAAUCUUCAACAUGGAGUUCUAUUCCGAGCAGACGCUAGACGAAGAACUGCUUCGCGAGGAACGGUUCUACGGUCGGGACCCAUUCGAUCAAAACCACCCAGCUCUGUCUACAGCGACCAAGCGGCUCUCCAAAACACUAGAGCGUGACGAGGACAGGCUCCAAACCGAGGUCCAACAGAGCUCAAACCGAGGUUCACCAAAGCGCAAACUCGUCCAAAUGCCGGUCUGA